AUGCCUCCACGUCAAAAGAAGAACCAAGCUCAUCGGGUUGUGUGUCUUUGUCAAGCCUACGAAUGUUCAGAACAAGUAUACGCGGACGCCAAUGGCUUAUCUCACCCAGGCGUUGAGGUUUCACCUGAGACCCGGCUUGCACACCAGCAGGCUGAUUUUCGAAACAGUCUAAUCAACCCACCACACACUCCGGAUAACUCCAACGAGCCAUCAAUGUCUUCGGUACAAGAAGCCCUAUUGUCUCCUUUGAGAAAAUUACACUUAGAUACAACACCGUCUCCGAUUCGUCGUCGUCAGUCGAAUACCAAUCAAGAACCUCAGAAUGAAAGCUCUAGUAACAUCGACAACAAUGCACAAGAUGCUUUUACCUCAUCUGGCCCGACAGAUUCGCCGAUCACGUCCACCAAUCAAACAAAUCCUGUCAACUCCCAGCCUAUUUCCACCAAAACCUGCUCAACAGCAGUCUUGGCAAAAGCGUCGGGUCAACAAGUUUUUGAUUGUGGUUUGUAG